CCUGCACAACUAAACCUUUAUUAACCAUUUAAUACCUGUUAGUGGAGGAAAAGACACGUUUAAACUGCGGUUUUUAACGUUUUUACCGACACGUUGUUGUUAAAAAGCCCCGUUAGUUAGCCGUUAGGAGGCACGAGCUGCUGUUAUUUAAACGUUGAGCAGGGAGGACACGUCCAGACCCGCGCGCUGCUGCCGGAGACAUGAAAGGUUGUUUUAGAGGCAGAUUAUCUCCAUAGCAACAGUAAAAUCUGCUCAUUUCUGCAGGGACGCUGUCUCCGUCUCCAUGGCAGCAGCGGGAUCCGCCACGCCGCCUAGCUCGCGCUGAGUCCCGCUGCAGAGAACCAGGAACCACCGCGGAGGAACCAGGAACCAGUCCGGAACCAGUCCGGAACCAGUCUGAAACACACCAACCAGGCCGGGGAUCCUCCUGAAAACAGUCCGGGAUGGAGGGACCAGGACCCGGAUCCGUGUGAACCGUCCGGGGUCCGGGAUGCCUUUCCACGCCGGAGCGUACUACCCGUUAUCUGGCGAGCCCCCGUCGUCUGCAGGGACCCCCUCCCUCCUGCUGGGCUCCCCGUGUGCCGCCAUGACUCCGUCCAGCAGCGCCUCCUCCUCCGCCGCCGCCGCCGUCCUCCUCCCCUUCAAGUUCCGUGCGCGGCGUGAGAGCGUGGACUGGCGGCGCCUCAGCGCGGUGGACGUGGAGCUGGUGGUGAGCCAGCUGGACGUGGACGCGCUGCAGGAGCACAUCAGCGGCGUGACGUUCUGCAGCCUGGACGGCGAGCGCUGCCCGCGCUGCCAGGCGCCCGUGGACCCGGCGCUGGUCAAGCUGCUCCGCCUGGCCCAGCUCAGCGUGGAGUGGCUCCUGCACUGCCAGGAGGUGCUCAGCCUCAACGUCAGGGCCGCCGAGGAGAGGCUGGCCGCCGCCGCCGCCCAGCGCCAGCACCUCCUGGAGGAGCACGGGAAGCAGGAGGAGAAGGUGAAGACGCUGACGGCCGAGCUGAAGACCAGGAGGAAGGUGAUCCGGAGCCAGCAGAGCCUGUUGGCCCCCAGGAUCCACAGCCACAAGUGUCCUCAUUGUGAUAAAUCCUUCCUCAACAACUCGUUUCUGCAGAACCACAUGCAGCGCCGCCACCCCGACGAGUACGACCUGGAGGUUCGUUCAGACAGUGAGAAGAAGUCUCAGAUGGACGUCCUCAGAAUGGAGAUCAGCCGUCUGAAGGAGCAGAUCGUCCAGCAGCAGCAGGACCUGCAGCUCAAAGCUGCUCAGGAGAAGGAGCAGCAGUCGAUGUACAGAGAUCUGCUGAGAGAACUGGAGCGCUUCAAGAGCGAGGAGACGGCUCGCAUGGACAGAAAGAUCGAGGACAGCAGAGACGGCAUGAGGAGGGAGAUGGAGUUCCUCUACAGCAGGAACAUCCAGGCCCUCAACGAAGCCAACCAGAACCAGACGGCCAAGCAGGAGAAACCCUCCGUCCAGCCUGAACCCGAGAGAGACGUAGACAACUACAGAGAGAUGCAGACUGCAGCGCUGCACAAGCUGGAGACGCAGCUCAAGAGACAGGAUAAAAAGUGGGAGUCCAGGCUGCAGGACCUAAAGGCCCAACACGAGUCUGAGAAGAACCAGCUGCUGGACGAGCUGAGCAGGAUGCAGGCGUCGGUGUCGGAGCAGCAGCAGAACGGACAGAAGCUGCAGACGGAGCUGAGCAGGAGGCUGCAGGAGAAGGAGAAAACCAUCAGGGAGCAGAGGGAGCAGAUCAGGAAUAUUUCUUCAAAUCCUCCCACUAAGAUCGUGGAAGUACCAGUGAUUGUGAGUCCUGCAGCUCCGGAGCCCAAAGCAAAGAGAGUAAUAAUCGAGGAGCCAGUCUCUGCUCUUAGGCUGGAUCCUAUCCAGGAGCUGUCAGAGGAGGACAAAGACUCCAGCAGCUCUGAGAGGAGGCCGGUCCCGGAGAAGAAACCCGAGCCGGUCCCGGAGAAGAAACAGAGGACGACCCCCAGCGCUCUGAGGAGGAACCCCAACAUCAAGAAGGAGAUGAGACCAGAUCUGGAGCAGGCGGUCCUCGACAAGCUGGAGAACCUCGGAGUCAAAGCUGACCAGGUGGGUCUGAAGGACCGAGAGCUGUCCUCCCUGCUGGCGAAGGUCCAGGCCAGGAGAGAGAACACGGCCAGGACGAUGGCCGACUACUGGACCCACCGCCAGGAGAUCAUCAGCUCCGUGGAGCAGAAGGUCAGCGGGACCAGGAGGGGCAGCGAGCCGGCUCCUGAGUCCCAGACCAGGUCCAGAUCAGUCCAGGUGCUGCAGAUCCGGCCCCGCUCCAGCAGCCUGCCCUCCAGAGCCCCCCAGGCUCAGUCUGGACCUGCAGCCAAACAGUCCAAGACCCCCCAGCCAGCACCCAGAACCAAGACCAGCACCAGCAGCCAACCCAGGACCUCCACCCCCAACACCAAGACCUCCACCCCCAACACCAAGACCUCCACCCCCAACACCAACACCAGCACCAGGACCGGUCUGAGGAGCUUCACAGCCAAGACUCCUCCUUUCAGCUCAGACGAAGAAUCUGAGGAAGACUCCGACUCUGAGGAGGAAGAGGAGCCUCAGAAGCUCCAGAGAGGGAAAUCCCCCCAGAACAGAGUGAACCAGGUCCACAUCAGACCCAGUAAGACCAGUCCGGUCCUGGUGAGGCAGACUCCGGUCCGGAGCUCCAACCAGCAGCAGGUCAGAACCUCCAGGAUGGAGAGUGACGAAGAGGAGGAGGAGGAGGAGGAGGAGGAGGAGGAGUGGUCGGAGGUCAGCGAGCUGCAGGAGAUCAACCCCAAGAACCUGAAGAGCUUCAGAGACCAGAACGGGAACCUGGAGAAGAGGAACUACGGCAAAGAGAAUAAAAUCAACGACCUGGCCAGAAAGAUGGAGAAGCAGUUAGCAGAGCGAUCGAUAAAGAAACCAGCAGGAGGCGUCAGCGUGCUGCCGCAGAGGAGGAGCGACCCCGUCCAGGAGCUCACGUACACGGACCUGGAGGAGAGCAGUGAUUGGCUGGUUUCCUCCUUAGAGGAUAAACAGGAGGUGAAGUCUAAACCGGCUCAGAGCUCCGCCCCCCUGAGGAAAAGUCUGGAGUCUCCCAGUACCAGCGUCUGGGGGACGUCUACUGGGAAAGGACCCAGAUCAGGUCUGACUGAAGCUGGAUCAGGAACAGGAAGUACUCUGAAGAGCAGCUUGUGUUCUCUCAGCGACAUCAGCGACUCGGACGACGGCAGCAACAAAUAUAAUAAACGCUGAAAAUAAAAGGUGAUCACGAGACAAAACGAUACAAAACGAUACAAAACAACACGAAACACCUCGACCAUCUCACACGACUCCUCACAUCCUCGCCAAGGAGACAUUAAUACUGCUGGUAUGUGGAGAUUUGUGAGUUUUUUUCUUGCAAUUUUGUGAGUUUCUUCUUCCAAAUUGAUUUGUUUAUUUCUUGCAAAUUUCUAUGUUUUUUCCUGGCAAAUUUCUGAGUUUCUUCUUGCA